GGGCGGAGCAGCACACAUGCGCUGAGCUGGCAGACUCACAGUCAGUCAGGGCUGAUCCCUCCGCCCGCUGCGCCCGAGGAGAGGAGAGGAGACACGGACAGGCUCGCGUCCGGGGUGCUGGAGACCCACCUCACCGCUCACAGUCUCCAAAGACAACGCGAAGGCCUCCAACGACCCGAGGAAACCGCAAAGCCGACACGGCGACACACCAUCCGGACACGAAGCUGAAGCUCCUCUCCAUCGUCUGUGCGCACGACCACCCAUUAAAAAGCCUUCUGGACCAGCGCCGCCAGAAAGCGAUGCACCUUGAUGUCAAGACAACGAUCACCACGAUCCAUUUUUGUGUUUGUUUGUGUGUGUUUUUUGUGCAUAAUUCUUAAGCUGUCAUUCCAGGGUCGAUAAAAAAACCAAAACACAGUACGGACACUGUUCUUGGUGUUGACACGCAUGCAUUCAACGGGUUUCUGCUUCAUGGGAAUAUCCUCAUGGCCUGAAACUGACAUAAACUAUAGACCCAGCGCGUUCACUCUGGAUUGACGGCUUCCUCGCAGGUCUUUAGUUUUCUGCUUUUCUGUGUGUCCAGACAACAGUCUGAUGGUUUCAGACAGCAUUAGAUUACUCAGCCACUGGUGACAGUGUCUUACAGGUCCUUCUGCAGACAUCUGCCGGGCCUUCCUUAAAAAACAAAAACAAAAAACUGAGGCAUUAUUUUGCAACCCAAAGGAAUUGGAGCAAAACACCCCCCCCCUGGAAAGUUUAAGGUGGGCCGACAGCAUAUAUCCAGGAGGUUUUUUACAGAAGGUUUCAGGCUCCGGUCCGCAUGCUGUCAUGCUGUCCUUAGAUGAGCCACUGGACCUGAAGGUGCCCAGGGGGCGUGUCGGUGGGCGGGACAGAGGCACCAUGUCUCCGCCCACUCUCACUCCCUCUCCCACACACGCCAGGGGGGCCGGGCAGCUGCGGAUGGCAGACGAUGGUACCGCAGUCAUCAUUCCAGCGUCUCCUGCCUCCCCACACACAGGUGUCCUGCAGGACAAGUCCGAGACCCCCACACCGCCCGCCGUGGACCUCAGCAUGUCCCCGUCCGCCCGCAACACCGCCUGCUCUCCGGAUCUUUCCAAUGGGAACGGCUCAGCUCACAUUUUCCACGGGGACUCGGCUCAUAUCCGUUACGUGGAGGGAGGAGCCACAUCUCAAGCGUUCCAGUUCUUUGUGCCCAUUGGAGGAGGAGGAGGGCUUCACCUGCCUUCCUCCAUGUUCAUUCGGCAGCCCAGGGACACAAGAGCUUCUCCAGACCUUUCCGCAGAUGAACAGCUGGCCUGUCGCUGGAGGAAGUGCCACUUACUUUUUGACUCCUUGCAAGACCUGGUGGAUCAUGUCAACGACUUCCAUGUGAAGCCUGAGAAGGAUUCUGGGUACUGUUGCCACUGGGAGGGGUGUGCACGCAAAGGACGGGGAUUCAACGCCAGGUACAAGAUGCUGAUCCACAUCCGCACUCACACCAAUGAAAAACCUCACCGUUGUCCAACGUGCAACAAGAGCUUCUCCCGACUGGAAAACCUCAAGAUUCACAACCGCUCACACACAGGAGAGAAGCCGUACAUCUGUCCUUACGAGGGCUGCAACAAGCGCUACUCCAAUUCCAGUGACCGGUUCAAACACACACGCACACACUAUGUGGACAAGCCCUACUACUGCAAGAUGGUGGGCUGCUUGAAACGCUACACGGACCCCAGCUCCUUGAGGAAGCAUAUCAAGGCUCAUGGGCACUUUGUAGCCCAGGAUCAGGGAGGUCCAGGUGGGGUGGGCUCCUUGAUGAAGCCAGGGCCGAUCGCUGGGGUGGGGAAAGAAUCUGAGCUGACUUACAUCAGCGGGGCCCACAUCAUCAUUCCUGGUGCUGCCGCUGCUCUUUUGGGUGGUCACGGGCUGCAGGGUCUUGGAGGCUCCCUCCCCUUGUCUCCCCUCAGUCCCCGCCCCUUGGACUUGAGCACGCUGGGCUGCCCGAGCUCCCCUUCAGCUGGGCUUGGAGGGACGCCCAUUCUGUCCUUCAGCGGUUCCCCACUUGGCCUAGCCAAGUCACCAUUGCUGUCUCAUACCUUCUCAUCUUCCACACUGGGGUUGCCCAUGGUUCCCAUUUUGGGCUCGGAGCGCAGGGACCAUGCCAAGGGUAAAACCAGGGGCGAGGAAGGCGAGGACGAGAUCCAUGGUGGCGUGCUCAACCUGUCUACGGGAGUGUCCCACGACCCCCUGUCUUGGGUUGUCAUCCCCUCUGGCCAGGUGGUGCUGAAGCCAGCUGUGGUCAACUGAGCAUGACAUUCCAGAAGAACGGCAGGGGAAGGGUGGGGGUGGAACAGGGGUCAGAGGUCAGAGCCAAGCCUGAGGGGGGUUUUCACAAAGCAAAUUCAGUUCUGCAUGGACACCCUCUUCUUCAACUUUUAGUACUAUUUCGGUUCUAAUUUCUACCUUUAUACAGACACGGCUACAUGUUUCUUGUGGUAAUAACCAGGAAACUAAAUCAGCAUAACAGUUCGGAAAGAGCCCAAACAUUCACCUCCAUUUCAUUCUCAAUCUGGUUUAUCUUAUUGCCGGGGGUUAGGGGUAUCAAAUCCUCCUACGGGAGGGCCACCUUACUGGAGAUUUUAGCUCCAACCUGUUUCAACACACCUGAUUGGAAGUUUCAAGUAAUCCUGAUGACCUAGAUUAAUUGGUCAGUUAAUUCAGGUGUGUUUGACUAUGGUUGGGGUUAAACCAGUGGUGGGCAAUUAUGGCCCUCAUGGUCCACUGUCCUGCAGAUUUAGUUCCAUCCCUAACCAAACACACCUCAACAACCUACACAAAAAUUACAGGGUUGGAGCUAAUCUCUGCAGGACAGUGGAACUCAAGGGCCAAAGUUGCCCACCCUUGGUCCAAACUCUGCAGGAAGAUGGCCCUCCAGAAGCAGGAUUGGACACCCCAAGUCUUCUACACUUUUUCUUUUUUAUGAGAGCACUGAUCUAAACAGCAGACUUGAGAAUCUGUGCCCUUGCUUCAAGAGACAAUUUUUGUGUAUUUAUGUGUAAGAGUAACUUUUGGACGACAGUGUACGAAAACACACUAAAGACACAAAUGUAUGCUAUGUUUUUUCAAGCCAUUCCGUGCAUUACAAGAAGACCUCUAAGCUUAGCAAGCUAGAGAUCUUUGAGGCUAACUCGUAUGGUUUUGCAAAGAGGUGCUGAGGUCGUAGGUCAAACGAGCAGCUCAUUCAAUUGCCACCAAUCAGCAUCUGUUGUACCUUUCAGACCAAUCCUUUUCCUGGAAUGUCACUUUCCUGCAGAACUGAUCUCCAACACACCUGACUGGAAGUUCUAGUUUAUCCUAGAGACACUGGCUAGCUGGUUAAGGUGUGUUUAAUUAGGGCUAGAGCUAAAUUGUCCUGUAAGGUGGCCCUCCAGGAGCAGCAUUGUACACUUGGUACCUUCCUGCUUCGGACUAUACCAAGUCCCACCUCAGUCAGCAGGCACUAUCUGCAUCCCUUGCAAGUGAACUUCCUUAGCUCAAUGCUAUUGCAAGCUAUAUGACGAACCUUGCAUUUGCUGCUAGCUGUGUCACUGCAUUGUAGGCAUACAUAAUUGAAUAAAAAUAGACAAGUAUGUACGACAAUCUGUCCUCUGAGGAGGAGGAAAUAGAAAACUUUGACUAGCUCUAUUUUGUUGAAUAAGAGAUCUACAGACACAAGGCUCAGACUGACUGAGUUUUAAGUCAUACAAGGGCACAAACUCACCCAGCAGUUAUGCUAACGCCCCAUAGGACAUGGCAUUGUUGUAAAUAGUGCCAUCUUCUGGUCAUCAAAUGUACUGCACACUACUAGCUGAACAAAGGGCUAGAUUUAACAGUAUUAUCCUGCUUUGCAGUAUGCUAGUUUGGCAGGGUAAAACGAAGAACCUUUGGCUGAUGCAGUAUAGUGGAAUGUUUAAAAUAACAGCUAUCCACAACCCAAUGAACACAUUGACACUUGUAAUACACCAGUUUGGGUGUACCGCAACAGUUAAGGGCCUAGUUUGUUUAACAGAACUUUGCUUUCAUGGUUUGUCCAAUUUUAAAUCACUGUGCUAAAAAUCUAAACGUAUACCCCGAGAUUGAAGUAGGGACUUAAUAAUAAAGUGCAGAAAACACUAUUCAGGUGUCCAAAAGAUAGCAUUUUGAUUUAAGACCCUUUCACAUGACCCACAUCAACUUUCUCCAAUGGAUCGAACUCUGUUGUGCAAAGCGUCAAGUUUCAGGGUAACUUCUGACGUCACAUUGCACACAUGUUCUAAGGCAACGCUCCAAGAACUACAUUUUCACAUUUGACCCCAUUUGCUUCAGAUUUUCCCCAGUUGCAUGAUGUUAUUUUGUGCUGAAAAUGAAAACUCAAAACUGAUUCGGUGCAAAUCUAGAAACAUCAAGUUAUACAACACAACCUUUAAGGCAAAAUCACCCAUUUGUGAUGCUAUCUGCAAUGCCCCGAUGCUUGUGUUGAGAGGUGCACUGAAUUCCUGAAGUGGGUCAAGUGAGAGAGACUUAAUGCAGUCAUUGUCAUCCUCACUAAUGAUCAGCCUGUCGCCAUUAAGACCUCAUUCAGAUUAAAAUAACACUCUUGAUCAAGUCUUCUCUCCUGAACUCAGGCACAUAACAGUCUCUGUCCUCUCUGUAACAGAGAUGACAGUUAAAACAUCCUUCAAUAACAGCCAUUAUCUCCCCUAUAGAUUGCCAAGAAAAAAAUAAUAAUAAAAACUGUUCUGACUGAAAUAAUCACACUUCCUUAAAGCAUGAACGCCACCCUCCUCUCCCAACCAAUUUGUACACUCAAGAGUCUUAUUCCAUAAUUAUUUUGUUUUAUUGUUUGUGGAAAGUAUACAAUUAAUGCUGUUUUGUUUUACUGACUUUUUUUUUUUUGGACGUGACAUUUCCUGAUGUUGAAGUUGCUUUAUGUCUUCGUUUCUGCUAUCGCUACUCUAUGUUCAUCUUUCUCCAGCUGAUGAAUUGAGAGGAAAGGGAGAAAUGAAAGAAAGGGGUGACAGAUUAGAUUGCAGGAAGGGUUUGAGUCAAAAACCGUCACAUUUAAACCAUGCGCAGUAAUCGAACACAAUCCUCUCAGGUUUGCAGAGCUUUGACAUCAGUGUGCACAACGGAAAUGACAUGUUUAUAAACCCUUGCAUCUUUUCAACAAGCUGGAAAUCUCUUUGUCCACCUUAUCCUACUCCCUCUCCCCUCAUGUUUUUGUCUGGAGAAAGCUGAUACUGACACAGACCUGUUAAGGUCUACAUCAAUGUUCAAUAUCAGAUACGCUGUUUGAACCUUUAACCCUUUGAGCACUCUGAAGACGGAAGCACUGUUUCUCACAGGAGACUCCAAAAAAGGCCUUGAUAAAUAUUGUAUGUGAGAGACUUAAGCAAUACAUUCAAUGGCAGGGAUGACGCCAUAGCUAGAUAUUCAGAUUUAAAUAUUAAAUGCAGUAAAACACAAAUGAUGUACAAAAAAUUUAAAUAAACACGGUACAUAAAUUAAGCACCAUGUUAGAACAAGUAAAAAUAAAAAAUCAGCUCACAAGAGGUAAAGAAGUUUGUCUGUUCCUAAAGUAAACUAAUAAUAGUUUCACAAUUCUUGACGCAGAGAUGCACAAAGGGUUAACAAAAAGACUAUGGCCGUGAAAGGCCAGUAUCCAUUUGUAUUUUAUUUUUCCUUCUUUGCACAUUUUUGUAUAUCAGUAUUUUAAUUUUUUUUCAAGUGCCUUUUAUUAUAGUUGAAAUGUAGAUGUAAUACACUAUAUGAAAAUAAAUAUAUAUAUAUAAAUAAAUAAAUAUAUAUUUUUCCCAGCAUCAUGUUCUGAAGCCGAACAUGCAGAAUUUUAGAGCUGUAAAAGUCUCCAGUUGGUACAACAUAGGUGUGUGUGCUCCUGUUUUAGAGGAAUUUUAUUACGAUAUUGAUAAGGAUGUCAAUGAAAAUAAAAGAAACAAAUGUUUAAUAAAUUUGCAUUUGAUAUAUACAUACACA